AUCAUUCAAAAACCCAAAAAUAAUAAUAGAAAUUUAAAAAACAAAAAAUAAAAAAAUCCUUCAAAUCUUUCUUUUACAUAUCUGACAAAACAAUGGCUAGAUUUCCUAUAGCAAUAUGUCUAAUGUUAAUACUAGUAGCAUCAAGUACCAUAUAUGAAGCGCAAGGUGUAUUCUUAUUAAGGCAUUACAUGAAUAAAUUUCCUAAAAAUUCCCAAGACUUUGAGCCUUUUGCUUACAAAGGUAUGCUUAGUUUUGUGGAUAACCUUGAGAAUAUGGCUCCGGAAAAAGGAGAGUACAAGGAUUUCUUCUCAAAGCUGAAAGCUUUCAUGUCCUUCAUAAACACGGCAAAAGGGUCGUCUUCAGAGUUCCAGUCUCAAAUGAAACAACAAGCUGAGGGCCUCUUCAAGGCUAUCUCUGCAUUGGGUGUCAAAGGAGGAUCAUCGGCUGAUACGAGCAAAUUGAUCGAGAGUUUGAUGUCAAUGGGGAAAACAUUUGCUGAAUUUAAGAGGAGCGGUGCAACAAUGAUGACAAGUGAACAAAGAAGAGAGUUAGUUACAUCUAUGGCAAAAUGGGCACAAGUGAUUGGUCAAUUUGUGAAAAAAGUUGGCGAUCAGAAUGGUGACGGCGCAAAGAUUGAUCUGUCAUCACUUCUUGGAGGUGGAAGCUCUGGCCUUGGAAGCAGUGGUGAUAGUGGAAGUCCAGGCUCUGACAGCGGUUCUCCCUCCGCCGACACUGGGAGUCCUACGGACGGUGGAAGCUAUGGAGACACCACUGGUGAUAGUGGAAGUUCGGCAGGUAGUCCAUCAUAUCCAAGUGAUGAUGGUAGUGGAAGCACUGCUGGUGGCCCUAGUGGAAGUACAACUGAUGGUUCUGCCGGAGGAGAAAGUUCAAUGGGUGGUGAUUCCUCUUCUGCUGGAGCAGCUGGGGAGAGUGGAAGUGCAGCAACUGCCGAUAGUGGAGAUGCUGCUGGUGCCGAUAGUGGAGGUGCUGCUGGUGCCGAUAGUGGAGGUGCUGCUAGUGCCGAUAGUGGAGGUGCUGCUGCUGGUGAAACCGCUAGUGGUGGAGCUGCUGCCGCUGACACUUCUGGUGGUUCGGCUGAAACCGGUGGUGAAAGUGCUAGUGGUGGAGCUGCUUCUGGUGCUGGAGCUGCUUCCGGUGCCUCAGCUAAAACCGGUGGUGAAAGUGGUGAAGCUGCUUCUGGUGGUUCAGCUGAAACUGGUGGUGAAAGUGCUAGUGCUGGAGCUGCUUCCGGUGGUUCGGCUGAAACUGGUGGUGAAAGCGGUAGUGGUGGAGCUGCAUCCGGUGGUGAAAGCGCUAGUGGUGGAGCUACAUCCGGUGGCUCACCUGAAACCGGUGGCUCAGCUGAAACCGGUGGUGAAAGCGCUAGUGGUGGAGCUGCAUCCGGUGGAGAAAGUGCUAGUGGUGGAGCUGCUUCCAGUGGCUCGGUUGAAAGUGGUGGUGAAAGCACUGGAGCUACUUCCGGUGGCUCAGCUGAAACCAGUGAUGAAAGCGCUAGUGGUGGAGCUGCAUCCGGUGGUGAGAGUGCUAGUGGUGGAGCUGCUUCCGGUGGCUCGGCUGAAACCGGCGGUGAAAGCACUAGCAGUGGAGUUGCUUCUGGUGGCUCAACUGGUAGUGAAAGUGCUAGUGCUGGAGCUGCUUCCGGUGGCUCGACUGAGGCCAAUGGUGGAGCCGCUGCCGGAGGCUCAACUGAAGCCGGUAGUGGAACUAGCACCGAAACGAGUUCAAUGGGUGGUGGAAGCGCUGCUGCCGGUGGCGUGAGUGAGAGUUCUAGUGGUGGAAGCACUGCUGCUGGUGGCACGAGUGAAAGCGCUAGUGGGGGGAGUGCUACUGCCGGUGGCGCGAGUGGAGGAACCUACACAGAUUCUACAGGUGGAAGUCCAACCGGUAGUCCCUCUGCGGGUGGCCCAAGUGGAAGUGCAAGUGAAAGCUCGAUGGAAGGUGGAACUUUCGGAGGCCAAUCUAUGGGAGGACAAGCCGGCAGUGCUAGCUAUCAAUCUACCAACUAUCAAAAGACACACUCAAAAUCCGCAGGCAAAAGCUCCGUCAGCCAUUCCUCGGAAGAGAAAAGCUCCGACAGCGCCAAUGCGGACUCGUAGAUUUAGACCCAGAGGUCAAAAACCUAUUAAUACUAUUAUGUCAAUAAAGAGAUGGCCCUGCUUAGUUACAGCAGCGAGCUGUAGAAUGUUUUGCUUUAAGACUAUUAAUUACAUACACUCAAUACUAGAGAAUUAUAUUCACGCAUAUUGCAUGGAUAUAAAAUUAACUCCCUUUUUCCUUUUGUAAAAAUAUGAAUACAAGAAAUUUUGGAUAUAUACAUGAUACAUUUUUUUUUUAAAGAAUAUGAAUGCAAAUGGGUUUGCAUAUAUGAUA